AUGGAGUUACCAUUUGGAGAGUUCGACUUGAUUCUGGGAAUGGAUUGGUUGGUUGAGCACCGAGUCAGUUUGGAUUGUGCGACUAAAAGGGUCGUUCUAAGGAUCGAGGAUGAUAAGAAAGUGGUUGUGAUCGGUGAGCGUCGAGAUUAUCUAUCCAAUGUGAUCUUCACUCUUGUGGCUGAGAAAUUGGUUCGAAAAGGGUGUGAGGCGUAUAUGCCUUUUGUCAGUGUUUCAGUUUUUAGGGACUCUUCUAUUGGGGAUAUCAGAAUAGUGAGGGAUUUUCCAGAUAUCUUUCCUGAAGAGUUACCGACUUUACCUCUGAAUCGAGAAGUUGAAUUCGGCAAUGAGCUUCUACCGGGUACAGCUCCGGUGUCUAUUGCUCCCUAUCGUAUGGCAUCGAAAGAGCAUGCAAAGUUUAAGGCUCAACUUUAA